AUGGCGUCUUCGGUUUAUGUCCCUUCAGAGGUUCUUAAAACCCGACUACAACUACAAGGUCGAUACAAUAAUCCGCAUUUUUUCAGCGGAUACAACUACAAAAAUACUUGGCACGCUGCGCAGAUGUUAUAUAAAUUUGAAGGCCCUGGUGCAUUUUAUCAUGGAUAUAGGGCUACAUUACUACGUGACGUUCCAUUUUCAGCCUUGCAAUUUGCCUUCUAUGAGAAAUUCAAAGUUUGGGCGUUGCAAUACACGACCACCAAGCAAAAUCCUCAAUUAAGCCUCGAAUGGGAAAUUGCUAUUGGAGCUUUUGCUGGUGGAUUGGCGGGUGCUAUGACGACGCCUCUAGAUGUUAUGAAAACAUUACUUCAAACUCAAAAACACAUAAAAACAAAAAAUCCUUUUUCUCAAAAGCAAUCAGUGACAACGACUCCUAGUACAACAAAAAUAACCCAUUAUUACACUGGUAUAUUGGAAGGGAUGCAAUGGAAUUAUAAACAUUAUGGAAUAAGUGCUCUUUUCCGUGGGCUUUUGCCACGUGUUUCAUGGACGGCGAUGCAAAGCGGGAUUAUGUUUGUUAUUUAUGAACAAGUAUUGUGUUUAUUGGAAGAUAUGUCACGAUGA